AUGGCACCAGAUGCGAAGGAAUUGGCGCUUAUGUCGAAAGAUAUGGAACUGAGCGUUGAAGAUAAAGAUGCUCUUAAAUUGGAGGCAGCCUUGGGUCAUAAACAAGUGUUGAGUAGAGGAUUUGGCCUAUUCAGCCUGACCAGUUUGGGGAUCAUUAUCGCAAACGCCUGGAGUCUUACUGGCGGGACUAUCGUGGUAGCUAUCGGCAAUGGAGGCCCUAUGGCCGUUCUCUAUGGAUUGAUCCUCGUGACAAUCUUCUACACUUUGAUCUCAGCCUCUCUCGCGGAAUUGGUUUCUUCAAUUCCUUCUUCCGGAGGAGUGUAUCAUUGGGCAUCCGUCACUGCGGGCCCCAGAUACGGCCGAGUUGUCGGAUGGUACGCCGGAUUCCUCAAUCUCUGUGGAUGGCUGCUAUCGGCAGCCUCUAUCUCUAGCACUCUAGGAACCGAACUGGUAGCUCUCUACCAACUCAGCUAUCCAGAGGUUGAGUGGAAAUCGUGGCAGGUCUUCAUCGCAUACCAGAUCGUCAACUGGAUGUGCUGCUGCAUUGUCAUUUUCGCAAACCGUCACCUGCCGCUGAUCAACAAGAUUGCAUUCUACCUCAGCAUGGGUGGACUCUUCACUACGAUCAUGGUCCUGGCCAUCAUGUCGCGGGGCAGGCGCGCUAGCGAUAAAUUCGUUUGGAGAGAAUACACUGACCUUUCCGGGUGGAAUAAUGACGGUCUCUGCUUCAUUCUCGGUCUCAUCAACGCCGCUUUCGCGGUUGGCACGCCGGACUGCCAGUCCCAUGUCGCCGAGGAAAUCCCGGAGCCGGAGAAGAACGUUCCAAAGGGGAUAAUGAUCCAGAUCGGAACCAGCUUCAUCACUGCUUUCGCUUAUCUUAUCGCACUCUUUUACUCCAUCAAUGAUAUCGAACUCGUUUUCGAUUCCCAAUCGCAAUUUCCAACGUCGGAGAUCUACAGACAGGCCACUGGUAGCACCCCGGGGGCUCUCGGGCUAACCGCAGUGCUGUUCCUGGCUACAUUCCCAACCCUGAUCGGCACGCUGAUCACCGGCGGGCGAACUUUCUGGACGCUCUCUCGUGAUAAUGCCGCACCAUUUGGCGACUACUUCACCAGGAUUUCCCCGACGUUCGGUUCGCCGCUCAGAGCUACCAUUGCUGUCUCGGUCGUCACUACUUGUCUAGGGGCUAUCCAGGUCGGUUCCACCACCGCAUUUUCAGCGCUCAUCGGAUCUUAUAUCGUUCUAUCGACGCUCUCCUAUGCCGGCGCUAUCCUCCCACACGUGCUCACCGGCCGCAAAACCAUUGUUCCUGGUCCUUUCCAUCUCGGAAGGGCCGGGUUUGCUAUAAACAUCAUCUCGCUGCUAUAUAUUGCUGUAACAGUCGUGUUCUUCUGCUUCCCGUUUGCUAUGCCCGUUGAGGCCGGGAAUAUGAAUUAUACUAGUGUGAUUGUAUCUGGAUUUGUUGUUCUCAUCACUUUCUGGUGGUUCGUUCACGGAACUGGGAAUUACGAAGGGCCCAAGUACUACAAAGAGGCGGCUAAGCAGCUAGCCGAUUCAGGGAGCAUUGGCAACUCAGAGCUUCAAUAA